AUGUCUAAACGUGAAUUAAUUCUCAAAUCAUUAAAUCUUAUUGUCUACUUUGCAAUUCUUGGUGUUGCCUUUAGUGGCCACUUGGAUCAGGAUAAAAAAGAGAGAGAUGAUGUUUACCUUUUACCAGCCUUUUACACCUUUUGUAUUUGGUUCUUUAUCCAAGCUCUACUUUUUGGAUUCAUAAUUUAUCAAUGGUUUGAACCUGCUAAUGAUGUCACAGUUGAAGGUGUUAGUUGGCAUAAUGUCAUUGCUGGUACAUUAUCCAUCAUUUGGAUGAUACUUGCUCCAAAUGAAAAACUCGUACUGUUGGAAGCAUUCAUUUUAUUGGCCAUGUUCAUUGUUUUGUUCCGUUUAUAUGACAACUUAUCACUUUAUCCACCAAGAAAUUUAGCAGAUCGAUUAUUUAUUCAUUAUGGAUUCACCAUUUAUACCGCUUGGACCUUCUAUGCCACUAUUGUCAACUUCUGGAUUGCGUUACCAUCCCUUAACACCAUUUUUUCAAGUGUUGUGGCCAUUGUAAUUCUUGGUAUAGUUGGUCUUUCAUUUGUUGAUUACCACAAACGUCAUGAUGUUGUCUAUGCUGGUACCAUUGCUUGGGCUUUGAUUGGUAUUUCUGUUGAACAAAAGGAUGUCAUGCCAAUUCUUGUUGCAUCCUCAAUCUCUUCUGGUUUGAUCAUAGGAGGAGUCUUGAGAAUAUGGGCUCGUAACAUUGUUGCGUGGUUUCGUCUUCGUAGAGAGAGAGAAAGUAUUGGAGAACGAUCUGCAUUAUUAGCAUAA